AUGACGCUGAGUGACUACAGAUCACUGGGAGGCCACACAGCCACCCCCCACUCUCGGCCAUACAUGACCUCACUGCAGAAGGCCGGCACCCAUUUGUGUGUGGGUGUCCUGAUGCACUCUAGAUGGGUGCUGACAGCCGCCCACUGCCUGCUGGAGGGCAAGGUGAAGUCCAUUAAGACCAUCCUGCCCCUGCCCCACAGGCCCCAGGUAGUGCAGGCUGGAGUGUGGUGUAAUGUGGCCAGCUGGGGACUGACCCACCAUGGAGGGCAGCACUUGCAGGAGCUGGAUGUACAAGUGUUGGACCAUCAGAUGUGCAACAACAGCUGCUUCUAGCAUGGUCCUGGGACUCAGGAGGCACCUCUGGUUUGCAAAAACGAGGUGGCUGGGAUCCUGUCCUUCAGCUCUCAGGCCUGCACCACCCAUGGCCUCUACUGUGGACCCCUAAAAGUCCUAGAUCAAGAUCUGACCAAGCACUGGUGA